AGCUGCAAAAGCAUUUAACAGUAUUCUCUGAACAAUGACAGUUGGAGUGUCUGAAGCCUGAACGACGCUGAGAUUCAAGGACUGCUCUGAACUUGUUCAACAGGAAGUGCCGUUUUUGAUUCUUUAUGCUGGACAAAAAUGCCGGAAAGGAUGUAACCGAGUUUGGACAUUACGGAUAGCAUGUAUGCGAGUGUGGCGACAACUGUGCACGCCACUCAGCCUUCUGGAAACGAGGGGCAUUGCUUUUUAACUCGGACUGUGAUUGCAAGAGCGGAAUGUAUGUUGAUGACCAUUGCUGGCGACUGAAGCGAGGAAGUUACAUUGAAGAAGUUGGAUGUUCUUGCAUCAGUCCAUAGCGGCUCAUAACUCUCCUAGACUACCAGAGGUGCAAGGAAGCUGUCCAAGAAGCAGAAAUGGAUGUGUUUGGUGGUGCUCCACGUUUCUUAGCUUAUCCAAGACCUGUCAUAGUGCAAAGUGGGACUGAGGCCGUCCUAAAGUGUCAAAUAGGAGGAGACCCAAGGCCAGCCGUCAUCUGGGAGCAAAACAAUGAAAAGAUUGACCCUCAAGGACGAUAUAGGGUCUUUGAAGAUGGAAAUGUUUACAAUCUUAUCAUUUCUGCAGUAACUAUUGAAGAUAGUGGACAAUACAUAUGCAAAGCAAAGAACAGUAUCGGGGAAACAUAUGCAGCAGCCACUCUGAAGGUUGAAGGUGAGGCACAAGAAAUGGAGCUAAGGGAGGAAAAAAAGCCACGAUUCCUGAUCAAGCCCCUUUCUACUCGAGUCGGUCGUGGGGAAGAUGCUGCCUUCUCCUGUAAGCUUUGGGGAAGCCCAAGACCGGAGGUUGUCUGGGAAAAAGAUGGUAGAAAACUCAACGAAAUAUUUGAGAGUACACAUUUUAAUGUGGGCUACCAGGAUGGUGGAUGGUUUCAGCUCAAAAUCUUCAAGACCCGAGCUCCAGACGGGGGUGUAUAUACAUGCAAAGCUAGGAAUGAGUUUGGGGAAGCGCUGGCAGGAGCUGUGUUGCUAGUUGAUGCAGGUCCAGGACAUGAAGAAGAAGGAAAUCGCAACGGCUACACAAAUGGUCACUGGAAAAUCCAGCAGGGUAAACCGAGGACUGGUAGACAAGCGCCAAAUCGACUCAAAGACGAGAGCAUGACCAAGUCAACUAAAGUAAAAAUAUUUGCUGUUACUGAAGGCAAACAUGCCAAAUUCCGCUGCUUUGUGACUGGUAAACCAAAACCAGAAAUAAUCUGGAGGAAAGAUGGGAGACUCAUACUGUCUGGAAGGCGUUACUUGUUAUACGAGGACAGAGAGGGGUACUUCACACUAAAGGUCCUGUAUUGUAAGCAAAAGGAUAAUGGAGUUUAUGUCUGUGCUGCAUCAAACACUGCAGGGCAAACCCUUAGCGCUGUGCACCUUUCCGUCAAGGAGCCACCUGUACGAUUUAAGCAGCCUCUCUAUGAUCUAGAAGUUUGGGAACGAGACUUAGCUGUCCUUGAAUGUGAAGUUCCUGAAGACUCUGUUCCAAUUACAUGGUAUCUGGAGGAUAGACGACUGCAGCCAGGGGCCAAAUAUGGAAUGGAGGAAUGGGGAACAAAACGGCGGCUAACGAUCCGUGACAUUGGGGUUGAUGAUGAUGGAAUUUACCUCUGUGAGAUGCCCGAUGGGGGUAGAAGCAUAGCAGAGGUAGCUGUAAAAGGUACAAUUUUGCGAAAACUUCCACGGAAGGUGGAUGUCUUGGAAGGUGAAAAUGCUGCAUUUUGUGUUGAAGUGGAAAAAGAAGAAAUGGACAUACAUUGGUACAAGGAUGGCACAGAGUUGCGCGAAACCCACCAGACGAUCCUGAAGUCUUUUGGUCGAACUCACAUUUUGGUGUUCGUCAAUACAAUGCCCCAAGACUCCGGCCUUGUGACUUUUCUGGUGGGCAGAUCCAAGACCUCCUCCCAGUUAAGAGUGAAAUCGGCCAGACAUUGUCCUCCCAGUUGUCCGCUGGGAGUGCAGAUCAACACAGAGCACGCUAAUGCUGCUCUGCUCUCAUGGACUCCGGCACCGGACUCACGAAAGAACCCUCCAUCUGGAUAUGUGCUUGAACGACAAGAAGUGGGCACUGGUUCUCAGGAGUGGCUGCAGUGCCUGACCACAGACUCUGCCACUUCGGUUGAGAUCCUCGGUGACAGUGUCCCGUGUGAGGCAGAUUAUCGCUUUCGCAUUUGCAGUGUGAACAAAUACGGAAAAAGCAACAAUGUUGAAUUUCCAAGAACUGUUCACCUAGUUCCUGUGGCUAGAAUACAAGCUCCAUUACAAGAUGCCUUGGUGCCAGAAGGGCAAGAUGCACUAUUCUCAAUUGAACUUUCUGCUUCAGUUAUUGGUACGUGGUUCUUGAAUGGGACUCAGCUUCAAGAGGAUGAGCAUUAUUCCAUGCGUCGGUCAAGAACCCACCAGUCUCUUCGCAUUAGAGGAGUACGGGACACGGAUAACGGAGCUGAGAUUACAUUUAUUGCAUAUGGCAUUCGGGAUUCUGCAGCACUGUACAUUCAAGCUCCACUUGUGAAGUUUCUACCACUGUCUGAAAUGGAUCGAAACAAGUUUGUAGAAGUUGGGAACCCAAUUGUACUCUACUGUGAGAUCUCUGACCCUGCAACUCCAGUGCAUUGGUACAAGAAUGGGGUAGAACUACAAACAAUGGAUGGUCUUCAUAUCCAGGCAGAGGGUACAAUGAGACGAAUUGUCAUCCAAUCAGCAGACUUCUCACAUUCAGGAGUGUACUGCUGCGAUGCUAUUGAUGAUGUCAUCAGGUUCAAUGUGGAGGUAGAAGCCCCACCAGUGAGGUUUUCAACACUUCCAGAUGCAGAAAGGAACAAAACCAUCCUAACUGGCUGCCCAAUUGUUUUACAAUGUGAGCUGUCAGACCCCUUUGCCCAGGUGCACUGGUACAAAGACGGGUCAAAGCUCCAUCCUCAAGGUGGAGUAGAUAUCAUAACUGACGGCUAUGAGAGGAAACUGAAUGUCCAUUCAGCAGAAGUUGCCCACUCUGGCUUGUAUUGCUGCAAGACAAAGGGUGACUCCAUCACAUUCAGUGUGGAUGUCAAAGCUCCACCUAUGAAGUUCUCACUUAUUCCUGAAGAUAUGAAGAUGAAGUUGAUUGAAGCCGGCUGCCCUGUAGUACUUCAGUGUGUGGUGUGUGACCCUGAAGGCCAGGUUUGCUGGUACAAGGAUGACGUGCGGCUCAUAUCUAACACUGAAUUAGAACUCCACUCAGAGGGCAACACCAGGACUUUAAUUAUUGAGUCUGCAGAACCGUGCCACUCUGGUUUGUACAGAUGCGCCACACGGGAUGAUACAGUGGAAUUUCAAGUGACGAUCAAAGCUCUACCAGUGACAUGCUCUACUAUUUUUGAUGAUGAGAGAGCCAAGUCACUUGAAGUUGGCAAAGCUUUGAAGCUGGAAUGUAAGGUUGCAGACUCUGCUGUGCCUGUCAGCUGGUAUAACGAUGGUAAACAGCUCUGCCCACAAAAGGGUUGGGAUAUAAAGAGUGACGGCACAUCAGCGAGACUCAUUAUUCCAUCUGCGGAGCUCUUGCAGCCAGAGCAAUACAGCUGUGAGAGCUCUGAUGACAAUAUCCACGUCUCUGAGACAAAGAAAGCUUCAACAACGUCGCCCUCAGCAGAAGUUGUGGAGAUGCGGUCACUCGGAGAAACCGGCCUAUCCGAACCAGCCAGUGAAACCUCAGACCCUGUUUUCCAAGCGUCACAGCCGAAAGAAUCUGAAUCAUGUUCAAGCAAAGAAUUUGAUUUUGAAAUGGAAGACAUCAACAAGACCCUUGUCGUUGAACCAACGCAUCCUUCAAACUCUGGCGCAUACUAUUGUGCAACAGCAGAUGAUGUUGCCAAAUUAAUAGUAGAAAAUCAAGUAACCCCACCAACACACAAGCUUGAACCCGAUGAGAAGAACAAGUCAGCUGAAGCAAACUGCCAAAUUGUUCAGCAGUUUGAGAUUUCAGAUCCUAUUGCAAAAGCUUGCUGGUACAAAGACGGAACUCCAAUAUAUCCCGAAUUGGAAGGUGACAGCAUAGAGCAGAACCAAAUCGUGCCCCUCCAGCCAGAAGUCUUAUCUGGUGAUGGCAGGUUUAGCUGUGAUGCACUGAACGAUACACCAUUACCUGUGGAUGUAAAAGCCGGACAGUGUCACUGUCGUCAUGAGAUUGAUGCGGUAGCUGAUGCAUCUGCCCAAUACACUGUGGAUGUCAAAGCUGCAUCGCCAUGGCUCUGCCCUGAUCAAGAAAGGAACGAGUCCACUGAAGAGGCUAUUCUGGAGCAAGUCAUCCAGAAGUCUUCAAAAUGCAAUUCUGGCAUUCUUACUGACAAAGGAGGAGAAUCUUUCACAGACUCUGAGGAGGAUAUCAUAACUUCUCAGUCAGCUUAUCGCUUUUCACCUGAUUGUACUGCAAACAAUCAAACUACAGAGCUCUGUGGUAACAAACAAAUAACAAAGGCCCACACUCCACUGGCCAGCCAGCCUGUUAGGUCAACUGCAAUCCUUUCUGACACACAGCGUCACAUUAAACAGACCACAAAGUCACAAGGUGAGGAUUUUGUCUAUUUUGUACAGCAUGGAGAAGUCCCAUCUGAAGAACGUCACGAAUCCCUGAAAACAGCUGGACCAACCGAUGACUGCUGUCUUUCAUUACAAACUGUAUCUGAAUCAAACGAAUCAAUCUCCAACAUAACUGCCCAAUCAGAGCACAUGCAUUACUCAGUAAAGAUACCAGCUGUGCACCUUAAGCCGGACAACCUCCUACAGACGUCUGAUGCUGUGUUGGAGCAGAUUACACCAGUUGGACGAAAUAAGAGUUGUACAUCAGACAAGCACUUUGAAUGCUUACAGACUAGCACAGUACUAUCAGAAGGUCAUUGUGAGUCAAAUACGAUGUCAGAAGCUGUUUCAGAGAAGCUUCUAGAUUGCUCACAGUCUAGUAGUGUCCUUUCAGUGAGGACAAGCGACUCUUCAAGGACUGAAAGAGACCAAUCAUGGAACUUAAAUGCACCAUUACCAUCAUCGUGUAUUCUGUCCAAAAAGUUUAUGGACUUUGGUGGUUCCUGGUCCAAGACUAAGGAGAUAGAAUCUUCCCAAACUGGACCUCUUAACUUGUCGAUGAGUGUCAAAUGGGGUGAUGUUUAUCAUGCAGGACAAAAAGAAUUGAAUUAUUCAGAACUCAUGGCUCAAAAGAGUCAGGAAGUAACUGGGCAAGAAACAUGUCAUCACACCACAGAGGCUGCACAAGACCAAGGGGACCAUACCGAUUAUUGUGGGCAAAGAGCAUCCUCUAACUUUGCAGACCUUUAUUACACCAAGAAGAUACCCAGCAUGCAAGCAGAUGAGAUAAAUCUGUCAAGUACACGUGACAGUCACUGGAGUGACUGUGUCGCUGCAGAUAAGGUGGCUGUUGAAGCAUCCCCAACUCCACCUGUGAGAAUUACAGCUCUUCAUGAGAGGAACAAGUCAGUUGAAGUUGGUGGACCCUUAGUUCUGCAAUGUGAGCUAUCAGACCCAAAUGCUCAAGCAACCUGGCUCAAGGAUGGAAUUAAACUUCUUGAAGCGUCUGGGCUAAAUGUGCUGGCAGAAGGCCCUGUAAGGAUGCUCGCAUUCCAGUCAGUGAUGCUGGCUCACGCAGGGACGUACAGCUGUAGGACAACAGACGACGCAGUGCAGUUUCAUCUUGAUGUCAAAGCUCCUCUGACAUUUUCAGCAGUAUCUGAGGCUGACCAGAGAAAGACAGUGAUAGCUGGCUCUCCCAUAGCUCUGCGGUGUGAGCUGUCAGACCCCAGUGGACAAGUCAGUUGGUUCAAAGAUGGAACAAAGCUUCUGCCAGAAAAUGGAGUAGCCAUCCAGUCACAGGGGAGUCUGAGAAGUUUGGUCGUGCCUUCAGCCAAGCAAACUCACACUGGUGUGUACAGGUGUGAGUCAAAGGAUGAUGACAUCCAAUUCUCAGUGGAAGUCAAAGAACUGCCUGUGAAGUUCUCGGAGCUUCAAGAGAAUGACAGGAACAAGUCCAUUCAGGAAGGGACUCCUCUUGUCCUCAGCUGUGAGCUCUCUCAUGAUCUUUCAACUCAUGUUGAUUGGUAUAAGGAUGGAGCCAAACUCCUGCCUCAGAACAACUUGGAGAUACAGUCAGAUGGCCUGAUGAGGACCUUGAUCAUCCCCUUGACUGGGAGCAAACAUUCUGGUAUCUACGAAUGUUCGACAUCAGAUGACACCAUCACUUUUAAGGUGGACAUAAAAGGCCAAUCACCAAAGAUCACAGCAGACCCACGCUCAGGAACAUACAAGAUUGUUAGGACUGGUUUUCCAGUAAUCCUGCAGUGUCAGGUCUCAGACCCUGCUGCCCAGGUUUCCUGGGUUAAAGAUAAAAUUGAACUUUUUUCAAAAACGGGCCUUGAUAUGAAAAGAGAUGGCCACCUCAGAAAGUUACUAAUUCAGUCGGCUAAGGUUUCUGAUUCUGGCCUUUACUGCUGUAGCCUUGCAGAGGAAGUUGUGGCCUUUCAAGUCUACGUUGAAGCUACUCCUGUGAGGUUCUCAGUUCUACCAGAAGUCGCAAGAAACAAAUUUGUGGAAUCAGGCUCCCCGAUUAAGCUGCAGUGCGAAGUCUCAGAGACAAAUGCACAAGUCUGUUGGCGUAAAGAUGGAGAACAGUUGUUACUGGCAAGCGAAUAUGAAAUCCACACAAAUGAAAAGCUGAGGGCGCUGGUUGUUACAUCAGCAGAAGUCAGGCACUCUGGGUUGUACUGCUGUGAGAGCGCAGACGACCGUAUACAAUUCAAGGUGGAUGUUGGAGCUGUUCCAGCAUCUGAGAGGAACUGCUCUGUCGAAGCAAACAGCAUGACCAAACCGCAGUGUGAGAACUCAGACACCACAACCCGAUCCUGCCGGUGUGAUGAUGGGAUAAAACUUGUGCCAGAAUCAAUGCAGGUCACAUCAGACAGAAUUAUGAAGACACGGGUCGAGGAGUCAACUUCAUACUCUGGAGUGUUUGACUGUAAAGCUGAUGGUGAUUCAGAUUUCAGCGAUUUCUUUCAGGAAGAGAAAGCUCCACCGGUGAUAUUUGCUGAAGUCCCAGAAAAAGAUCUUUUUCACAGCGCUGUGGAACAAGAGCAGCUUGUUUUGUCAUGUGAAGUCUCGAGGCCUGAUGGUGUUGUCCUGUGGUACAAAGACGGAGCCGAAAUACAAUCGAACAAUAAGGUUACAAUACAAGCAACAGGAACUGAAAGAACUCUGACUAUACAUUCAUCCCAGCUGUCUGAUACAGGCACAUACACGUGCCGUGCUGGAGACAACAUUUUAAUCUUCAAGGUUAACAUAAGAGAGCCCCCUGUGACGAUAGUCCACCCCAAAGAGGACGUCCACCUCGACCGCCACGUUCCAGAGGAAAUUAUUUUGAGCUGUGAAUUAUCUCGUGCUAAUGGUGUUGUCAGCUGGUUCAAAGAUGGCCAGAAGCUUCAAGAGUGUGAAAACAUCAAGCUCAAGAUUGAAGGCCCUUAUCGGCGGCUUAAGAUUCUUUCAAGUAGAGUUGAGGACUCCGGAGAAUACGUCUGUGACUCGGCUGACGAUUCUAUAUUCUUUCACCUCAGUAUCACAGAACCUCCGGUGCAGAUUAUUUCCCCGAGUCAGUCUCAAAUGGAACUGUGCCAGCAGACCUCUGAAAGAAUGGUGCUGAGUUGUGAGAUCUCACGGCCUAAUGCAGUGGUUCGGUGGUACCGAGAUGGGCUUGAGGUGGAAGAGAAUGACACCCUUAUUCUUGAGGGGGAUGGCGUCUACAGACGACUCAUUAUACCUGAAACAACCGUCAAAGAUUCCGCAGAAUAUGUAUGUGACACAGGGGACGAUUCUGUCACCUUUUUUGUGAACAUAGCAGAACCUCCUGUUCGAUUUAUACGUCCACGGAAAGUGGCUAGUUGUAUAGAGAAAGUGGUUGGUGAGACUCUGGUUCUAGACUGUGAAGUUUCAAGACCUAAUGCUGAAAUCACCUGGAAGAAAAAUGGAGAAGAAGUGGAAGACUCUAGAAAUACCACUUUCCUUGAGGAUGGAAUCAUGCGUCAGUUAACCAUUCACUCUUUAACAGUGGAGGACAGCGGGCAAUACAUCUGUGAUGCGAAAGAUGAUGUAAUGCAUUUCAACGUGAAAGUACAAGAGUUGCCGGUAAAAAUUCUUGGGAAAACUGAGGCAAAAACAGAAAGGCAUUUUUUUGUGUCAGAUGAUAUCAUUUUAGUGUGUGAACUCUCAAGAUCCAACGCCUCAGUCAACUGGUACAAAGACAAUCAGCUUAUUGAUGACACUAAGCAGUACUGUUGUGAGGAACAAGGCGUUUUCCGAUCACUGGUUGUUCUAAAUGCUGGAUUUGAAGACUCAGGGGUGUAUACCUGCGAUGCUGUUGACGACAAGUUGGUUUUUCACAUUACCGUCAAAGAGCCUCUUGUGAAAAUCAUUGGAAAUUCAGGCAAUCCAGAACAUCAUGUACUAGCAGCAGGAGAUGACCUCAUUCUGGAAUGUGAAGUUUCUCAACCAAAUGCAACGGUUAAGUGGCUACGGAAUGGCGAGUUACUCACAUCAGAUCCCCGGAUAAAAAUCGAAAGUCAUGAUGUAAUGAGGAAGUUUGUUCUCUCUGGACUUCGGCCUUCAGAUUCAGGAGAAUACAUGUGUGAUGCGUCUGAUGACAAGUUGAUUACAAUUGUGAAAGUGCAAGACUCACCAGCCAAGUUCAUCAAUAAACAUUCCCAAAAUAACAUCUCAGCCUAUGAAAAUGAGAGUGUCACAUUGUGUGCCACAGUAACCCAUGAAAGAGCUAACGUUCGGUGGCUGAAAGACGGCCAGCUGUUGGAUAGGGACAACAUUCAUAUCUCCAGUGAGGCUGAAACCCAUAAGCUCACCAUUAAUCCUCUGCAGCUGUCAGAUUCUGGCGAAUAUGUCUGUGACAUAGGCACGGAUGAAAUGUUUUUCAGCCUUUUAGUAAAAGAAAUGAAAAUCAAAUUCAUUAGACGUCUGGAGAACGUGGCAUCUCUGAAGGGCAAAAGCCUAACAUUACAGUGUGAGGUCAACAAGCCAAAAGGAGACGUCCAGUGGUUAAAAGAUGGCAAAGAGAUAAUGCCAGGUCAUUGGUGCACAAUACGAGCACAAGGCAGAGAGAGAAGCUUUACCGUCCACCAACUAACAGAUGAAGAUGCUGGAGAUUAUGCCUGUGAAUCUACAGAUGACAGGACCUCAGCCACUGUCACUGUGGAAACCCCCCGUGUUGUCGAGUUCAUAGCGGAGCUCCGUAAUAUCACCGUCUGUGAAGGGGAAGAUGCCGUUUUUAAGUGCGUUGUAUCACCAGCAGAUGUUAAGUUGGUUUGGCGCUUGAAUGACAAGCAAGUUGGUCUAAAAGAGCGCUCUGUCACUUCCAACCACGGGCUGUGCCAUAUGCUCUGCAUCAACAACUGCUUGGUUUCGGAUGGCGGCAGGGUAACAGCUGAUGCGGAGGGGUUGAUAUCAGAGGCAGAGCUCCAGGUUCAAGAGCAACAGGUGCUGUUCACCAAGAAAAUGGUACCAGUUGUAGCUGAAGAGUACAGCGAGGCAACUCUUGAGGUGGAGGUGAGUCGAGAGGCAGAGGAGGUGCAGUGGAUGAGACAGGGGGUGCUGAUCCACCCGGGUGCCAAGUACACCCUGAAGCACAAGGGUCAAAAGCACAGUCUCACCAUCCACAAGCUGGUCACGUCUGACCGGGGUACCUACAGCUGCGAGACCCUCCAUGACCGGACGCAGGCCCAGCUCUCAGUGGAACCUCGAAGAAUCACCAUCAGGAAAGGGCUUAGUGACAUUAAAACCACAGAGAGAGAAACUGCCUCCUUUGAAGUGGAGCUCUCCCAUCCCAACGUUCCUGGCACCUGGAACAGAAAUGGAAUCCAGCUUAAGCCGACGAAUCACUUCCGUAUGAGCGCCAAAGGACAAGUUCACAGCCUCACCAUCUCUAACUUAUCCGUGGAAGACACUGGGACCUUUGUUUUCAGUGUGGAGAACCUGAAAACAUCUGCAAGGCUUGUUGUUAAAGAACCUCCGGUGACUAUUUUUCGAAAAUUGGAAAGCCAGAAAGUUCCCGAUGUGUCAAUAAUCUCCCUAGAGUGUGAACUGUCGAGGCACAACGUGGAUGUGAGAUGGAUGAAGGAUGGAUUUGAGCUGAAACCAAGCAGAGACUUGCGUAUUCAUGCGAUGGGGAGGAAACGAUUCCUUCAGAUAAUGAAAUGCCGCGUCACCGACUCAGGCACGUACACCUGUGAUGCAGGAGAUGCCUCCACGACCUGCACGGUGGAGGUUUAUGAACGUGAACUGCUGGUCCUUCAGGGACUCGAAGACCUGGACAUCCAGGAAGAUCAGAACGCUGUUUUUGUCUGUGAGGUCUCUGUAGAGGACAUUCCAGGGGAAUGGUACAAAAACGGGCAGCGGAUACAACCCACCAGCACUGUCAAGAUCCGCCAGGAAGGCAAAAAACAUUUUCUUCUCAUGUGCAACGUGCAUGCAGAGGACUCCGGAGAGGUCAAGUUUGUGGCCAGAAAUGUUGAGUCUGCUGCUUAUUUGGAUGUGGAAGAACUUCCUAUGAACAUAGUGAAGCCUCUGCAGGAUAAGGCAGCCCUUGAGAGGAGCCGCGUCAUCCUGGACUGCACGGUGUCUAAUCCCAGGUGUAGCAUCCGCUGGUACAAAGGCUGCAAUGUCAUCCUGCCCUCUGAACGCUUUGAGAUCAGCAGUGAGGGCUGUUACCGUAAACUGAUCAUUCAGCAGGUGGCGCUGGAGGACGAGGGCACAUACAGUGUGCAGGUUGGAGAGUACACAUGCUCUGCAAAACUCACAGUGGAGGCCCAGUCGGUUUUGAUGUUGCGAGAGCUCAGAGAUGUGGAAGUCGUUGCCCCUGAUGACGCCUGCUUCGAAUGUGAGGUCUCAGACCUCGUCCUGAGAUCCCCGGUGUGGAGUCUGAACGGGGAGCCCCUGCAGUCAGGUCCCCGGGUCCGACUGGAGAAGACGGGUACGGUCCACAGGCUGACCCUGCGGCAAACCAGCCCGAACAUGAGCGGCGAGGUGGCGUUCACGUCUGGGAAAGCAACGAGUAGAGCUCAGCUUCGAGUAACCAGUGAUCACUGAGAUGCAUCCAUGUAGCGCCACCACCUGGUCGACUGUUAGUAUUGUUCUUAUGCUCAUUUACUUUAAACCGUGUCUAUAGAUGUGGCUUAAACGGGGCUGUUUCAGUGUGAACGACAGCCCGUUGGUGUGAUUUUACUGUAAGCAUGACUUAGCAUGAAUAGUAUCAGUAAAUAAAUAAAAAUGUCCAUUUAAGUCAACAUAAUCUACAUGUAGAAUAACAAUAUGGCUAAAUUUGCCAUUUGAGUCACUAAUAUGAUGUUUUUCAGGCUUUCUGCUAUUUUAAAUUUUUUUUCUGGUAAAAGUUUUUUUUUUGGGGGGGGGGGGGCUGCAUUGGACCUUUUUUAAAUAAAUGUAGUCUAGUAAACCUUGGCUUACAUUGUUGUGUUUGAAUGAAUCAUUAAACUAUUGGUCAUUGAAGCAAAGAAAAUCCAACUCCAACAGUUAAUGUGUGUUUUUAUCGUCUUGUAAAGAAUCUGUGAUGUUUCUGACAUGUUUCUAUCUGUCAGCAUGGGGCUUGUAAUGUAAAUACGUUGGGCCAAAACUGAGUUUAGUUCAGCGAUAGGUUAAAAAUACUUGAUCACCUUGAUAAUUAAUCAAAGGUUGCUUGAUUUUAAUUAAGUACUUCAUUAAAUCCUUUAUUGGGCUUGAUGUGCAUGGAAAUGCAAAUGUUUUCCAUUUUUUCAUGUUUCCAGUUGUGUUGUAAGAUUUCUGAUCAGCUCGAGCGCCGUGGAGACAAAAUGUCCCACUUCAAUAAAUCAUGCUUUAUUUA